AUGAUUAUGACGCUGCAGCUCCUCAUCGACGGCUAUCGGGACUGUGCCCGUGCCGUAUUAAGCCACCUGACCCGCCGCCAGGCCUUGCUGGCUUCACUUACAUGCAAAGGAGCGUGUGAGCUGAUUUUGGAAAUGCUGGAGCACCGGGAGAGCCCAUUCCGCCAGGCAAUGGUGGUCGCUUGCUCUCAGCCCGGAAGGCUAAUUGAGAUUGACAUCCUUAAUGCCGUCAACCCCAAUCGUGCAGUUAUGUGGAAUGCAUGGCCUGUAGAGCAGCCACGCUGCCGCAAGCGGCGGCGGCGGUUACUGUUCACUGAGGGCCGCACACGUAACGUGCUGCCAAAGGAUCCCUGGAUGACAGGCAUCACCACGGGGCCCCCGGCAUGGGAAACCGUACGAAUGGCUGCAGGAGCAGCUGCAGCAGCAGUAGCAUCCGCAGCUUCAUCUUUGCUGGCAGCGUCCGACGCGGCAGCUGACCGACGGUUCACUGGCGACAGCGGUGAUGGCGGCGAUGCAGCCCGGACGAACGGGGACGUUCCACAAUGGCUUCGGCGCCGACCCGUGGGCCCGACGCUGUACGCCUGCUGCUACAGCGCCCCAGGCAUAGUGGCCUUUGACGCCACGACGCUACUGCCUCUAGGCAUCCUCAUCACUUUCGACACGAACCAGUUUAAUCUGGCAACGCCCGAGGGAAUCUGCGCCUCUCACGACAAUGUCUUCGUAAUUAACAGCGUGGAUUGCACUAUAGCACGGAUAGGACUGCAGGCCUGGACGCGUGGCAGCGGUGGCGACGCCGCCGCCACCACUACCCGGCGGCACGCUAGGUACGGCGGUGAACUGCCGUACGGUCGCGGAGUCGUACUGGCGACUAUCACCGCUGGGGUGGGCUGGAUUGGGUGGGGCAUGGCGCUGGCGCCCGAUGGCGGCGCCCUGUACUGCGCGGUGGAUCUGCCGUACGAGGUAUCGAAGCGGCAGUACACUCAGGUCCCACCGCCGCAAACGUCCGGCAACAUCCUGUGCGUGCCGUUGCGGUGUUUGGGCCCUGCAGGACAGGAGGACGUGAGGCACAUCUCUGCUAACAGAGGGCCGCUGGACGCAGGACCAGUUCAGCUGCCAGCCCCGGACGCCGAUGUACCCAUACCGCCACCGCCAGCGCCGCCGCCGCCGCAGCAGCACCCAGCCCUGACGGCGGCGGUCGCGUCAGAUGGCGUGGCGUACGGACCCCCUGGUCCGGCAGUAGCCGCUUCGCCGUACAAUUUCGUACGCGGCGAGCCGGUUUUGCGGCGACCAUCGGGUCUAUGCUUCUCUCCCGAUGGUUGCAGCCUGUGGGUGACGUCGUACGACGGCGGUGUCGUGGAACUGGCGGGACCUGCGCGGGACCUCGUAUUAGGCACGGGGGCUCGAUAUCGUCCCGGCGUGCACCUCCUAGGGGUUGAGGAGCCCUUCCCGUAG